GAGGGAGAGACACGGCUGGGAUUGUGGGAGAGAACAGGAGCAAACCUCAACAACAUCAUCACCAGUCACUUUCAGUUCAGUCCUUCCUGCCUUUAUCCCCCAAACCCCAGAGAAGACUAAAGCACACGCAUCCAUCUGCUUAAGAGACACUAUACUUGGUUUCGUGUCAGACAGAAGACUGUCUACUUUCGUUGCCAUUGUGAGAUUGCGCUUCGUUUUGCGUUUGUCGUCUUGGAUUUUAAGUGACUUUUCGCGAAGUCCUCCAGAGCAGUCGGCUUUCACCAGUCAAGACAAAAAAAAUCGGCUGAAGUAGAUGACUUUUAACGGACAGAACACAUGCAUAAUAAAACGUGGAAGCUGGAAAUUGUGAAUUGACUUGAGCAAGUACAGUAAAGAAAGUGUGUUCGAGGACAGCCUGAAAGAGUGAAAGAGGUAAAUAAAGGAGGAGAGAAGAAAAGAAGGAAAGAUGGGGAGAAAAAAGAUUCAGAUUACACGGAUUAUGGAUGAACGCAACAGACAGGUGACGUUUACAAAAAGGAAGUUUGGACUGAUGAAGAAGGCCUAUGAGCUGAGUGUCUUAUGUGACUGUGAGAUCGCCCUUAUCAUCUUCAACAGCACUAACAAACUGUUCCAGUAUGCCAGCACUGACAUGGACAAAGUGCUACUGAAAUACACUGAGUACAAUGAGCCACACGAGAGUCGAACAAACUCAGACAUCGUUGAGACCUUGAGAAAAAAGGGCUUAAAUGGCUGCGACAGUCCCGAUCCCGAUGCUGACGACUCUCUGGGCCACAGCCCUGAGUCCGAGGACAAGUACAGGAAAAUUAAUGAAGACAUUGAUCUGAUGAUCAGCAGGCAGAGACUGUGUGCGUUGAGCAAGAAGGAAAACAAAGGUUGUGAAAGCCCAGAGCUCGACUCCUCUUUCGCUCUCACCCCACGCACUGAGGAGAAAUACAAACAGAUUAAUGAAGAGUUUGAUAAUAUGAUCAAGACUCAUAAAAUACCUCAGACUGUCCCCCCUUCAAACUACGAAAUGCCGGUCUCCAUUCCAGUGAGUAACCCCAACAGCCUGAUCUACAGCCAUCAAGGUGGCUCGCUCGGCAACCACAACCUCCUGCCCUUGACCCACCACUCACUGCAACGGAAUAGCAUGUCACCGGGAGUCACGCACCGGCCACCCAGUGCAGGAAGCACAGGUGGCCUUAUGGGUGCAGACCUCACAGCUGGUGCAGGCACCAGUGCUGGCAAUGGUUAUGGAAACCACCGCAACUCCCCCGGUCUGCUGGUCUCUCCAGGGAACAUGAACAAAAGCAUGCAGACCAAGUCCCCCCCGCCCAUGAACCUGGGAAUGAACAACCGCAAGCCUGACCUACGCGUGCUGAUCCCUCCAGGCUCCAAAAACACCAUGCCCUCCAUAAACCAGAGAAUAAACAACUCACAGUCAGCACAAUCACUGGCUACCCCUGUGGUAUCCGUAGCAACACCCACUUUACCAGGACAAGGAAUGGGAGGCUACCCAUCAGCAGUAUCCACUACGUAUGGUACUGAAUACUCCCUCAGCAGUGCAGACUUGUCGUCGCUGUCAGGCUUCAACAGUGCCAACACCCUGCACCUGGGCUCCAUGACAGGCUGGCAGCAGCAACACCUGCAGAAUAUGCAGCACUCUGCGCUAAGCCAGCUGGGAAAUUGCACUAGCACUCACUUAUGUCAGAGUUCAAAUCUCUCCCUGCCCUCUGCUCAAAGCCUGCACAUCAAGUCCGAACCUGUUUCUCCUCCUAGAGAUCGCAUCAGCAGCACCCCAGCGGGGUACCCACCGCAGCUGCCCCAGUCCCGCCAGGACUCGGGCCGCUCGCCAGUCGACAGUCUCAGCAGCUGCAGCAGCUCGCACGAGGGCAGCGACCGAGACGAGCACAGGAAUGAGUUCCACUCGCCCCUGGGACUGGUGCGGCCGUCUCUGGAUGAGCGAGAGAGCCCCUCGGUCAAACGAGUACGCCUGUCAGAGGGCUGGGCCACAUGAUUCACCCCCCAUUACCUGGCCGCAAGUGCGAUACCGCCCUUACGCCCAGGAGUGUCCCCUGCCCCUCCCCCCCUUUUUUAAAUUCAACUUUAAUAUAUUGUUUUUUUUUUGCGGAGUGUGUGUGCUAUAUGUAUUAAAGUAUAUAUAUAAGUGGUCAGGGUUUCUGGAAAGGUAUAACGAAAUCGGAGAGGGGAGAAAGGGCUGGAUGGGGUGUUCUGGCAAAAAAUUAUGCAUUACUUCUUGCCGUGUGUGAAAAUAUACAUAUCUAUGCAUAUAUAAGUAGGCACUUACAUAUAUGCCUGCUUAUAUAUGUGUAUAUGCUGUGUAUAUAUAUAUAUUUACAGUAAAGUCAGGUACUCUGUUUUAUAAAAGUACUUACAACUUGCCUCAGUGAAAAUAAAGUUUAAGCAUAUAUUGCUAAGAGUACAGCCUAGCACUUGAGCUGUAUCGGUAAUACACGUGUACAGGUUAGGUUUUAUCAAUCCCUUCUGUACUCCUUUGCAAAAUGUAAGUUACAGUAGAUGAUGUCAUGUUGCAGGUUCAACGUAUUUAUGUAAAUAUAGGUUUGGGAAGGGAGGGAGUGGGCAAAUGCUGUCAGACUUCUCAGAUGAAUUGCUAAUAAAAAUGGAUGCUGUUAUGCAACAUUAGGAAGAUUGUACAGGAAUACCUGCAGACCCGUAUAAAAAGGUGGCAGAGACAUAUGACAGAUGGAGUCAAUGGAAAAUAUGUUCCUCUUGAUGUGUUGUGCAUACAAAUGCCAGGACUUAAACGCAUUCAGUUAAAAGCAGAUCGUACUUUAAAAGCCAUGCUAGUGUUAACUAAGACAAAUUGGGGUCUUGCAUUAUAUAUUAGAACAUAAAAAAAUGUAAGAUACAUUUGCUUAUAUUUUCAUAUAAAAUGAAUAAAAUGCUAAGCUUUUGUGUC